CCGUAAUAUCAUGCAGAACAUUCGCCUCAUGCUCAGUACUUCACGGCAUGCCCUGAGAAAUCAUCGUCAUAGAGCCAUCUCCUUAGGACAACAUGUGCAUUUUCGAUGCUCAAGAUAGACCCGCCUGGCCAUCCGGUACGCUUCCGGGGUUCUAGCGCAGGUUCUGAAAUGCCCGUAACCCUUCGGACGCUGGAGCUCUGGACGCAUCUCGGUCUUUACGCGAUGAGGACAAACGCUCCCCGUUCGAUUUCAUGCAUAGUACCUGUACGUAAAAGGGCACUGCAUGGCAUCCCGCUUGUCAGUGGAUUCUCCGGUUUUUUUGACCGAUGUUAUUUUGCCUUCCAGAAAUCGGCGCGCAAGUGCCGUAGAACCCGCACAUCUGUCGUUUAGCUUAUGCACAACCUGCUACGAGUACGUAUAGCAAGAUAUGUC